GUUAGAUGGUAAAGUUUUGGUGUGAGGCUGCCGGUGGCGAAUGUGAGAUUGGCCGGGCGGUGAUCGCUGUCUGGCUGUCGCCAUGGCUGCCGCGUUCGCUGCUCAAGCCGAGCUGGAGGCCGCUCUGCCGACUGUCGACAGCCCGGCGGAGAAAGAGCGGCUCAUCCUCCGGCAUGUCAGAGAGAUGGACGGCAGAGGCGCGGAUUUCAGCGUCCCUGAGUUUGAGGAAGGUUUGGAAUGGAUAAACACUGAAGGACCUCUUCUCUUACACACAGACCUAUGUGGUAAAGUGGUGGUGCUGGAUUUCUUCACUUACUGUUGUAUCAACUGCAUGCACUUGCUGCCAGACCUUCACGCCCUGGAGCAGAAAUAUUCUGCUGAAGAUGGGCUGGUAGUUGUUGGUGUCCAUUCAGCGAAGUUUCCGAAUGAAAAAGUUCUUGAAAACAUUCAGAGUGCUGUUCUUCGUUAUAAUAUUACACAUCCAGUUGUAAAUGAUGCUGAUGCAAACCUGUGGCAGGAGCUUCAGGUGACAUGUUGGCCAACACUUGUAAUUCUAGGUCCAAGGGGAAAUAUGCUGUUCACUGUGGUUGGAGAAGGACAUAAAGCAAAGCUUUUUUCAUUCAUUUCUGUGGCAUUGAAAUAUUACAAAGAAAAAGGAGAAAUUAAAGAUCAUGGAAUCAAAUUGAAAUUAUACAAAGAUUCCUUGCCACCUUCUUCUUUGCUUUUUUUGGGUAAAAUUGCAGUGGAUAAUUCUUCGGGUAAACUAGCAAUUGCUGACUCUGGCCAUCAUAGGAUUUUGGUUACUGAAAAAAAUGGACAAGUCCUUCAUUCCAUUGGAGGACCAAAGAGCGGAUGGAAAGAUGGGAGCAUUUUAGAAGCCACUUUCAAUUCACCUCAGGGGCUAUUGAUGAAGGAUAAUAUCAUCUAUGUGGCAGAUACAGAGAACCAUGCAAUUAGAAAGAUUGACCUUACAGCCGAAAAAGUGAGCACUAUAGCAGGAACAGGAGUUCAGGGAACUGACCAGGAAGGUGGCAAAACAGGAGUGGAACAGUCAAUUAGUUCACCGUGGGAUCUAGCCUUUGGCUCUCUUGGUGAUACUGAAGACAAUCUUCUGUUCAUUGCCAUGGCAGGCACUCAUCAGAUAUGGGUCAUAUUUUUAGAAGAUGGAAAACUUCCAAAAGGACCUGAGUACAAGAAGGGAACAUGCAUUCGUUUUGCUGGAAGUGGUAACGAGGAAAAUAGAAACAAUUCCUAUCCUUACAAAGCAGGAUUUGCUCAGCCAUCAGGCUUGUCUGUAGCUCCCCAGCAGUGGAAUUGCCUUUUUGUCGCUGACAGUGAGAGCAGCACAAUCCGUUCUGUAUCACUAAAGGAUGGUGCUGUAAAAAACCUGGUGGGAGGAGAAAGGGAUCCUCUGAAUCUGUUUGCUUUUGGAGAUCUUGAUGGUAUUGGAAUCAAUGCAAAGUUGCAGCAUCCCCUUGGAGUAGCUUGGAAUGAAAAACGGAAUCUACUGUAUGUUGCAGAUUCCUACAAUCACAAGAUCAAAGUAAUAGAUCCAAAAACAAAACAAUGUACUACAGUAGCAGGAACUGGUAAAGCCAGCAAUGUAAUUGGUCCUGACUUCAACCAAGCUACUUUUAAUGAGCCAGGAGAUGUGUGUGUUGGUGAAAAUGGGAAUGUCCUCUAUGUAGCUGAUACCAACAAUCACCAAGUUAAAGUGCUGGAUUUGGAAAUGAAGACAGUCUCUGUGCUGCCAAUCACUUUUACUGAUGCUGUAGAUUCUUCCCUACCUAUAAAACCAAAGAAAGGUUCUAGGUUGCCCAAAUCUGCUGCUUCAGUGCAAAAGUCUCCAUUAGUUGUAAGACCAGCUCAGACAUUGCAGUUUCAUCUGAAAAUUGAACUUCCAGAAGGAGCAAAACUCACAGAGGGCGCACCAAGUUUCUGGGCUCUCUGGGCAGAAGGGCACGAGUGGCUCUUUGUGGGCCAGAAGAUCACUGGAGAAAUUGUUAAUCUUGAGGAUGAACCUGAAUCAUCUUUGGUUCCUGCUCGAGUACAGACAAAUGAACUUGUGUUAUCAGUAGAUGUGUGCCUCUAUUUUUGUAGUAAAAAUGACAAUAAUUGUCAAAUGAAAGGAAUCUCAUUUAAACAACCAUUACAAUUCUCCAGCACUUGUCAAGAAAACCAUUUCAAAAGUGGACCUUCCCUUCAGCAUUUAAAUAAAAACAGUUAACGGCUUAGAAAUUUCACUCCAGGUAAAUAAAGAAUUAAAAACAAAUUGAUGUUUAGGUCUGACCCAUCAGAAUAGCUGAGUAAAUUUUAAUAUUGAUAUAAUGGGUUAAUAAAAAGAACACCUAUCUCUGUCAACAUGAGUUUGAAAAUCUUGACAUGACUUAGAGCAGCCUAAAUUCAGUUGGGAGAGGCCUACUGUUGUAAAAAUCCCAGCUUACAUUAUUUGGCAUUGAAACUAACAGUAUUAUAUCUGUGACAAAGAAAGUUAAUCCAGAUAUGGAAAUAGUGAUUGAUCUUUUGCAGUUGCAAUUAUGACUCAUUUUGGGAAAAAUCAAGGAAGCUUUAUUCUGCACCUUGCUGUACUGCACCAGACCUAAGAAUGUUUUAUUAUGGAAACCUUGCCUGAAAUGAGAAAAUGCUGAAUUCACAAACAUUAAUCUCACUUACUUUGCCAAGCAUAAUAUUCAAUUAAAGAAAGUUUUUGCCUUCUUCAAUAAUAAUUUAAAAAAUAUAUCUGGUUAUUUCUGCAAAUUGUAACUGAAAGUUUCUUGUUAAAACACUUUCUAUAGUGGUAGUAUUCAGGUAAAACCACAAGGAAAAAUCAUGUAACCAAAGUUUUAUCAAAUACAUGAAAGAGCUUUGUGCAAGUCUUGGCUCAGCUUCAAUAUUUUACUAAUCAUCAGUAAAAAUUAGUUGCAGCAGUGAGAAACCUUUGUGGCAUCUCACAGUCACAAUCAGUGUAAUUUUAUUUUUAAAAUACAAACAGAUGUGACUUAGAAGCAGAGUACUAAAGUGCCAUAUAAAAUUGUGAAUGUGGUAAAAGGUUUACAGAUGCAGGAGUAUGCAUUUUUAAUUUGUAUCUAUUGAAGCUUCUAUCAAAGUACCAGAUGAAUUGGAUGAAAAAGUCAUAAAUGUAUGAUUUAAAUAAGGUAUAUUAAUAUAUAAAGAGUUUCUAAAUUUACACACAGAACUUAACUGAUGAGGAAAAGCAAAACCAUUUGGAGUUCCGAUAAGACUUUAUAAUGAUAGACGUUAUUUUAAAGUCUGGACUAUAAAAUAAUUUGGUGUCAUUAAACCCAGCUCUCUUGACAGCAUGGAAUUAAUCUUGUUACUUUCUCAGGAUUGACAUAUUACCAAGUAAAACCAAAGAAAGUUAAACCUUUUAUAUUUACUUCUCCCUUGUGUUUACGCAUUUCUGAAGAUUAGUAAAAUAUUCCCAAUUUACUUUAGGGAGGUAUAGCAAAGCUUUGUAUUUCUUAAGAUACACAUGCCCUUAUAUAAAUGUAUAGAAUUCUUUCUAGAGAACAGUUUUGCACCAGCAAUAAAGUCAAAACCCUUCUGUGCAAAUUGGAAAUUGUUUUGUCACAAGUGUGCAAAGUCAUUUGGAGUAAAUUUAUUUCUGGUCACAAGCUACAUUUUCAGUUCUGUGAUUGCAUGUGUGGGGAACAUUUGAUGCUUUAUGACAAAUGUAUUUUCUUAUUUAUAAUCAAACUGCUUUGAACAGUAUGCUAAUUUAAAAUUUUAUACAUCAACUUUUACCUGCUAAAUACAGCAUGAAUUAAACAUAACUAUCUAACAACAUAAAAAUAGUAGGAAGUUCAGUCCUUCAAACCUGCUUCACCAUUCUUCCCUCAACUCCAGCUGUAAUCUCUUAAUCACCUAAUAUCCAGAUAUCUAUCAAUCUUUGCCUUGAAUAGAUUGGUGCAGCUCCAGGGAUUUGGGUUUGGCCUGACCUUGGGUGCUGUCUGUGUGCAGUUUUCACAUUCUCCCCAGGACCAUGUAGGUUUACCCCAGAUGCUCCAGUUUCCUCCCACAUCCCAAAGAAAUGUGUUAGGUUAAUUGUCUUCUGUAAAGACCCCAUUGCAUGGAUUAAUGGCAAAUAGAAUCAAAGGGGAGUCAAUGGUCAUGUGAAAGAGAGAAGAUGACUUACAAAGAAUUGAGAGUGGGAAUGGGACUCUCCUGGAAGCAAAUUCUCCUCAGUCUCUGCUCGUAUGGCAAUCUCAUAAUCCCAAAAAUCAGUAAAAGGAACCUUCAUGUUACUCCCUCCAAGCCAAGUACAAUGAAACCUCAGUAACCUGGUGUGCUCGAUGCUUUAGUGGUACUGGACUGGCAGGUUUUCUGGAUCAUUGGAUAUUAUUUCUAUUAAUUCCCCAACACACUUGUAAUUCUUAUUUUUUUUUAAAUGUUACAUGAUAUUAAAUAAAUUUUCCCAUGAACCAGUUAAGUUUAAUGGGAGCAUGGAUACUGGAGCCAGAGAGUGGGAAGGGAUUGCAGGAUCCAGGGUCCCAGUGAGUGGAAAAGAAGCAUGGGAACAUCACCUGGUGAGUUGGAUGCUGAACCAUUGGGAUUCCUGGAUAGUCAGAUAGCAGAUUAUUAAGAUUUUACUACACGUACUUCCUUGAAUAAAUGAACCAAAACUGUUCAGAGUAUUCUAAGUAAAG